AUCGAGUCCAACGGAAGGAGCAAGAAACUGAGGCCCCGAGACGCGCCCUCCCGCUGUGGCCCACGCGCCACCCUCUCCCCCGCCCCCAGCCCCGCCCCCACCCCGCCGCGGUUUGUGUUGACCGCGGUUGCCAUGGCUUCGGAGGAGGUGCUGCAGCCGCGGCGCCCAAUGGGGAGCUGGCGCCUGUGUCACGUGCGAUAAGCCCCUCCCCCUGGCUCGCGGUGGCCUGGCAGGAGGGAGGAGGAGCGGUUCAGUCACGGCGUCGAGACCUGACAGGGAGGCGGGCUGCGGGUCAGCUGCCCCGGGUCCAGCGAGGUUCCAGUCUGCCUGUGUUCCCCCCGUGCUCACGGAGAGAAGCCACGAUGUUCGGGCCGUCGCGGAGCAACUUUGAGGAAGACCCCUUCUUCUCAGACACCUUUUCUUCUCAGAGUGAAAAUAUGCGUCAAAUGAUGAAAAGUUUGGCUCAGCCUUUUGGACAACUUCUCAGCAUUGCUGGUGGGAGAGGUCGUCACGAUGAUGACGAUGAUGAUGAUAAAGUUUCUUGUUGUGCAAGGAACCAUGCCCUUGUUCCUUUUGGCAGUUUUGGUGAUUCAUCUUCACUUAUGCCUUUUGGGAGUUUUGGUGCAAUGAAUACAGAUGUCAACCCUUUUCAGGCAAUGGACAGAAUGAUGUCAAAUAUGCGACACAAUAUGCAGGAUUUACAAAGACGUUUUAGUGAUAUGUCAGUUGAUCCAGAAGGACACUCCUACUGUUCUUCUUCCAUUAUGACCUUCUCCAAAGUAGGUAAUGAGCCUCCAAAGGUUUUCCAAGCUUCUUCUCAGACGCGGAGAGCUCCUGGUGGGAUUAAGGAAACCAGGAAAUCAUUGAAAGAUUCUGACACUGGAAUAGAAAAAAUGGCUGUGGGUCAUCACAUUUAUGAUCGGGCUCAUGUCAUAAAUAGGCUAAAAAACAGCAAAACUGGUGACCAAGAGUUGAACCAAGAGUUCAUCAAUAUGCGGGAAGCCGAUGCCCGAGACUUCAAUAACGAAUGGCAAAGCCAAAUUCUAAAAGUCAUCCAGUCAGGAAAAAGGAAUCUGGAAGGCACGAGAAUAAGAAAUGGUCACUCUGACGGUUCGUUGCCCUACGAAGACAUUUCCAGAAGGGAGAGACCUCGCCAAAGAUCCAUCGAAAGCCAAAGAAGACCAAGGGCUUUUGAGGAAGCUCUUCAAAUAAAGGGAUCAUCUGUCAAAUCCAACAAAAAAUAAAUUUCCGUGCAUUUGAUUUGAGUUUUAAUUUUUUUUCAUUUUAAUUGAACAAAGGGGAUGGUGCUGUACAAGACCAGUCUUGUUCCUCAUCGUUGGCCUUGACUGUUCUUUGGAACUUUACUCGCUUUGCUUUUUUAUUGCCCCUACCCUGGGCAAUUGCUUCAUUAUAGCUACAUGAGAAUAAGUGCCUGGUUUUCAGCAAUUAAGAGAAAUUAUUAACACAAAAAGCACUUUUAAGUUUGUUAGCACAAAGGCAUGUGUAUAAUUCUAAAAACUUUAUAAAGAUAAUAGUUUUGCUUUUUUAAACUUUCUUUUGGCCAUGCUGUUCCUACUUUAAGCAGGUUUGGCUAAUGUGUCUAGUUUUAUGAUCUACAAAUAAAAUUUAUAUGAAAAUCA